AUGGCCGGCGCGGCGCCGCGAGCGGAGUGGAGUGUCUCGGCGGACGAGGCUGUUUGGCGGCGCGCCGAGAGAGACGGAGGGCGGAGGCUGCGAAGUGCGGACAGCUGCCGGAUCAGUAGCGGGGUGGCCGCCGCCAGCACCGCGCCGGCUCGCCCCUGGAAGCUGCGGCGCGCGCGUGAAUGUGACGGCUGCCAUGUCCGAGCGGCGGUGCCGGGUGUGACGGGGUCCCGCGAGAUGGCGACCUCGCUGACGGGCGUGGGGCUGACGUGGGCCGCGCUCUCCCUGCUGGCCGCGCUGCUCAGCUGCACGGGCUUCUACCUGCCCUUCUGGAUACAGGGUCGGCUGCUGGGGAAGGUGGACGCCUACUUCAGCUCGUUCCGGAGGUGCAACUACCCGCGCGUGUCGCCCCAGGGAGUCGUCGAGAUCGUCAUGGAGUGCGGCCGGUACUCCAGCUUCUGGGACAUCCCCAGCCCGUGGUGGCAGGCCAGCACGGUGCUGGUGGGCACGGGCAGCGCGCUCAGCCUGCUGGUGGCCGUCACCGCCGCCGCCGCCUGCUGCAUCACCUACGUGGUGCACGCGGGCACGGCUCGCCUCGCCGGGGCGCUGCAGCUGCUGGCAGCCGUGCUGGUGAGCGGCGGCGCGGUCGCCUACCCGGCGGGCUGGGACAACAGGGAGGUGCGCGAGUCCUGCGGCGACUCGUCCUCGUCCUUCCAGCUCGGAACGUGCGAAUACUCGUGGUCGCUGUACCUGCUGGGCAGCGCGGUGGGACUUCUGCUGCUGUGCUUCUCGCUCAGCUUCUGUGCUUCGCGCGUCAAGCACGGGUCCUUCCGCAUAUGAGUGUACAGCGCCGGCAUGAUCUCCAGCGUGUAGCUCGCCCCAUGCCGGCCCCGCAGCGCUUCGCCGGGCCCGAGGCCACAGGACCGCGCCUGGACUCGGCCGACUGCACCCGAUCUCAGCCGACCACACCCGGACUCGGCCGAGUGCGCUCGACUUCACUCGACCGCAUCCGGACUCGGCCGAGUGCGCUCGACUUCACCCGACCGCAUCCGGACUCGGCCGACUGCGCCCGACUUCACCCGACCGCAUCCGGACUCGGCCGACUGCGCCCGACUUCACCCGACCGCAUCCGGACUCGGCCGACUGCGCCCGACUUCACCCGACCGCAUCCGGACUCGGCCGACUGCGCCCGACUUCACCCGACCGCAUCCGGACUCGGCCGACUGCGCCCGACUUCACCCGACCGCUUCCGGACUCGGCCGACUGCGCCCGACUUCACCCGACCGCAUCCGGACUCGGCCGACUGCGCCCGACUUCACCCGACCGCUUCCGGACUCGGCCGACUGCGCCCGACUUCACCCGACCGCAUCCGGACUCGGCCGACUGCGCCCGACUUCACCCGACCGCAUCCGGACUCGGCCGACUGCGCCCGACUUCACCCGACCGCAUCCGGACUCGGCCGACUGCGCCCGACUUCACCCGACCGCAUCCGGACUCGGCCGACUGCGCCCGACUUCACCCGACCGCUUCCGGACUCGGCCGAACCUGCUCGACCUUGGCCAAUGAUGCCCGACCUCGGCCGACCCCAGCCGCCCUCGGUCGAGCGACCGAACAUAAUGGCGCAGGUCUGCCAACUGAUCUGCGAGCGAGCAGAGAAGACACAUUCCCCGGCGCUUGGCCAGUGACAACGUUAAAACCAUUUGGCCACAUGCAGGAAAAUUCCGUUAUAUGCUUGGGAAGUCCUGUGACUUCACUGAAAAAUCUAAUUUGAAACGAACUUAACAUGUGACUAAUACUGUGUUUCAUUCAUGUGUCGGCUGGCUGAAUCUUUUUCCAUGUUGGCAGCAUUUGACUCAGCAGUUAACCACAUUGAGCUAUCAUUAAAACACUUGCACCUAUGUAAUUUUAUUACGGACAAAGGUACAUAACUGUACAAACCAGUUAUGUUGAGUGUGGGUAGUUCUAUUAUCCUCGCAAAGUAUUUUCCAAGAAUUGAAUAAUUGUUGGAAUGUAAAGGAUAGGACAUUAAAAUACAUCAGCGAUAUAACUUUACUAAAAUAACUGUUUUAAAAUAUUAGUUUUCGAAAGUAAAUCUUUAGUAAUCAAAAUUUAAUAAAUAGGAACUACAUUAUUACAUUUAUAUAAAAUUAUAUGAGGAAUUUUAUCGAUUUUAAUUUAACUGUAUGAUAAAAUUUCAAACCAAUAAAAUUGUAUGCCGAUCCAUUUUAAAUCCACAUUGUUUAGUAACAAUAAUAUCUGACAAUACAUUCCGCAAUCCUUAGCCAAUUAUGUACUGCAUUAUCUUUUACAAAAAAAAACUGUUUUAGAAUUUGAGACAUCUGUCUUUCAACCUGAAAUUUGUGUUCCUCGCUUUAAAAGUAGCAUUGAUAAUAAUACUAUAAGUAUGCUUCUGGAGGUAACAGAUAUUAAAUUUAAUAAGUUUCAGUGAAAUUGGUGCCUGCCUAAAAUUAACUGCUAUAGCAUUUGGCCUAUAUGCUUAUGUUUUUAACACUGUAUAUUUUGCCAAACAGUGUGCCUGCUUUUCAAGUGUUUUCAUAAUACUUGCCUACAAUAUGGAUAAGAAGUGUUGGAUUUUCGGUGUCAGAAUAUGUGCCAAAUAAGGUAAUGUGUAGUUGUCUAUUAACAGUGAUGCACAAUCUGACAUGAUUUUUAAAUUUGACAUAAAGUUUAUUAUUUGCUUUAAAUAAUUAAUUUUGGAUUAGGCUUAUAUUUUGGUCACAAUAUAACAAAUUAUUUUAUGUAGCAUAGUUGAAGUAAUUUCUCUUCUGUUUGUUACAAUAAUUGUAAUCAUUUUUUCCUCAAUCUUUUAUUUUUUUUAAUAUUGUGAUUAAAAUCAACAAAUACAAUUUCCAAUAUAGCUCUUAAAUUUUAUUUUUCACGUUUUUGAUUAGUAAAUAUUUUAAAAUUAAGAUUAAAAAAUUAGUUUAGCUUUUGUAUUUUAAUGUAAUGAAGUCAACUAUAAAUGUUAAUGACAAAAUAUUUAAUUUAUGACCACCUACAAUCAUGUAUAUGCUUUAUUUAUUGUAUACUUAGUACCUAUUUAAAAUAUGCGUAAUAGAAACAAGUUAAAAUUUAAAGAAAUAAAUUAAGAUUAUUAUUUCAGUUCUUGUGUCUUAAAAUUUUCAAAAUCUCUAAUACUGUAUCUUUAUUUUUUCCCUCGAACUUUCAGGAAGAAAUCUGUUAAUUAGCGAUUAUGGGUUUAGUAAACCCCCAAAAAAAUGUUAUUUUUUUGUUUAUUAGUGUUUUCAUAGGGUUUAUGUUUUGGAUAGAUUUGCAUCUACGUCAAUGUAUGCAAAGAAUUAAGUGUAUUUUAUGUGGAUGUUAUUCCUUAUCAAACAUAUUUAAAUAAGCUCUUCAAAUGCUUUUCUCUGACGAAAUAGUGUGUUAAGUGAUUUUAAAAAUGUGAUUAGUUUCAUAGGAAUAUUUAAAUAAUUUUAGUCGAAAAAUCUAGGCCUUCAUACGACUUUUAAACAAAGUAGUUUAAAAAUAAUAACUAAACAGUUGUAUUAUUGCAAAAUAGUUAAUUUAUGUGAUUGAUAGAGCGUUUCUGUAUUGUUAAAGUUAAUAUUUAUUAAAAAUAAAGUAAAAAUUUAAUUUAUAUACUUAGUCACUAUAAAAGGUGUUAUUAUAGUAGCAUUGAGUUAUGAGAACUGUAAAAUUAUUUUGUGUUUGUUAGCCUUUAUUCAAGAAAUAAUUUGCAUAUUAAAUUCGAAAAAUAAAAAUAAGCAUGAUAUUGGAAGCCUUGUUAGAAAACUCGUACUUUAUAUACAAAAUAGUUAGCUUAUUGAAUAAAUAAAUAGUUUUAUAUAAGU